AUGGCCCUGAAAAUGGUGAAGUCCUUGUUAGGGCACUCGCUCAAGAAAAGCGAAGCGGGCUGCCCAGAAGAGGCAUCCAGCUCUCCCCUGGUUGCUUUCGAGUGUACGCCUUCGAUCUCAUCAGAAGGUCUUGGUGGACAGAGACCGUUCCCUGAACAGGCUGUUCCACUCGAGUCCUCGGUUGUUCAACCAGUCGCGGUUGAAGCGCUCGAACAGAGCGAGCUCAAGGCUGAGUUGAAAGCCCUGAGGAAGUUCGUGAAGCUGGCUUGCGUCGCUCUCCGUGCGGAAACCGCGCGCUCGGCGGAAGCGCAGGCGGCCGCGGGGGAGGCCCGCUCGAAGACGGUCGUUCUGCAAGCGCGCGUCGCGGCGCUGAGCGAAGAGCUUGCGCAAGCAAGAGCACAGAAUGACGUCAUCCAUGCGAAUCUGGUUGCGCUGCGGACUGCAAUGUUGGAAAGGGAAACCGAAAGCGAGCGGACAAUCGCAGGCCUUGAGGACGAACUCAGGCGUACCUGCGAGGCCGUUGGGCUGUGCGAAAAUGAUCGCGAGCGGUUCCAUUACGUGCUCGCGCUGAACGGCCAAGAGGGAUCCCUUCCCCGGAGCGUCCUGGCGUCCGAUCCGGAGUCUCACCUAUACAAGAUGUACGGCGGCGAGUGGGACUACGCGCGCAAUGCAGAGGGGCGCGCAAUCGUCACGUGCCACCCGCACCGGUGGGCGCCCAUCGUGGAGUACCUGGCGACCGGAGCGAUUCCGGCGGAACGGGAUCCGGCGCUGCUUGCGCAAGCGCGGUACUGGAAUCUGCAAGGUUUGGUUAACGGCCUCGAGGCCUUGACUCCAAGGGGUCUUUUUCGUUCCGUCCUGGAGCUGGAGGACAGCCUGAGCCCUGGGGGCCUACUUGGAGGGUUUAUGGAACGGGCCUCCAUCAACUUGUCAGCGAACCGAUGGCUAGAGCUCACAACAGCCUAG